AUGCCGUCGGUCGACCUCAACCAGAUCCCCGCCUCCCCGCCUCCCGAUGGCGUGACGCCCAACUUUGUGAAUCCACCGAACCAGAACUACCAGAUCUAUUCUAUCAAUAUCGCCCUCUGCCUUACAGGCACCGCCGUCUUGAUCCUCCGCUUGUACACCCGUGGUAAGCUCCAAAAAACCAUCGGAGUUGAUGAUUGGUUCUGUAUCUGGGCGCAGGUAUGUGCGUGGUUGUUUGCCAUCUUGUGCAUGCUCAACAUCAGGAACGGAUAUGGGGUCCACAUUUGGGACUUAUACCUCAGUAAGAUCAAGCCUUUCAAGCAGUAUGAUCUUGCGGCAGAGGACAUCUUCGUUGUCGGAAUCUGGCUGGUUAAAACGUCCAUCUUGUUGUUCUACCUGCGCUUGAGUCCCGAAAAGCGGUUCCGGCAAAUGACAUACGGCAUCAUGGUCUUUGUUGCCCUUUACAAUAUCAUCAGUUUGCUGGUUUUUACCCUCGGCUGUAUACCAGUGCAGGCUAGUUGGGAUGUGACCCUAAUGCCGACAGCCAAAUGUGUUGACCAACUCUCCUUUGUCUACGCCAAUGCGGCUUUCAACCUGUUCUCCGAUCUUAUCACCUUGGCACUACCCAUUCGACUCUGCUGGUCUCUUCAGACUACUCUUAAGCAGCGAGUGCUAUUGAUGAUAGUGCUGAUGAUGGGUUCCUUCGCGUGUGUGAUUGCAAUCAUCCGGAUUGUGACCAUGAUGCCAUUUGUCUCCAGUAUGGAUCUUACCUGGUACAAAGUGACCUUAGCCAAGUGGGCCAUGGUGGAGAUCAACGUGGGUAUCAUCUGUUCGUGCCUGCCGGUGAUGCGGCCUCUACUUAUCCGGUUCUUCCCCACUGUUUUUGGCAGCCACGCCAGCAGUGGAGUCAGGCCCAUCCGCCCUGCCGAUGCCAAGGACACUUUCGGUGCGGCGCGCAAGAAGGUUAUUCGCAACUGGGACUACCUCAGUACGAUCAAAGGAACCAACGCGGGUGAGAGUACCCAGGAUGUUGAGAGUCUCCACGAGGAGACUAAGCAAGAGAAUGGCAAUUCCGAGCCGGCUAUCAUGAUGGCGACCGAGUAUUCGGUGACCUGCAAGCGGCGGUCGGAAUAA